AACACAAUCGGCAACACAGAAAUCCUCUAAUACUGGACUGUGGUCACACUUUCUGUGAGGGAUGUCUGACUAAGAUGGCCAGAGAGACAAAGACCUCGGUGUCAUGUCCAACAUGCAAGGCAGUGACACAAUUACCACAGGGAGAAGCCAGUGUUAAGAAUCUGUGGCCAGAUGUCUAUGUAACAGGAUGGAUGUUGUGUCAACAGAGGGCGCUGCUCAAUCAAGAACUUGAGAAGUUAUCCCCAGCAGGAAUGGUACAGAACACUGGGUUCAGGACUGCCCCAGAUAAAGGAGAGAGGGAAAAAAUGUGCCGAGAGUGUUUUCGGAGAUUAGCGAUGUGUCGAUGUGACAAGUGUGAUGUCAUCAUGUGUCAUGGAUGCUUUGAAAAGGUCCAUUCUAAGUCCAAUACUUUAAAACAGCACCAAGCACUUCCAAUGGAAAGUGAGGACAGUUUAAAAGGGGAGUUAACUCAGGAUUGUCCACUGCAUGAAGGGAGAGAACUGGAAUAUUAUUGUGAAGAUGACAAAAUGCCAAUCUGCUCCAAGUGUGUGAUAUUUGGGAAUCACAAGGAUCAUGUCAUUACAUCUAUGGAAGAAAAGAACAAAACAGUUUUCUCUGAAAUGGAGCCAGCUUUGCAUCUUGCCAACAAAGUUGUAAGAAAAUUGAUUAAAGUUGACAAGACAGUGACAGAUUUUUUCCCUGAUACAAAAGUGGAGACAGCUGCUGUGAUAUAUGAGAUCAGAGAACACUUCCAAGAAUUACAUGGACUUCUCCAGGCCAGAGAGAAACAGCUGAUUGACGAAGUGUUUGCUGCAUACAGAGAAGGAGUAGAACCUCUGGAAAAUCUGAGACAGCAGAUGCAGGAUGAGAGAAUGAAGUUGGAGGUGGCCAUUAGAGCUGCUCAAAGAGUGUUGAACAAUAAUAAUGAAGUAACGUUGAAUGCUAAACAGAUUCUGGAUCGCUUAAAUCAAGCCAAAGAGAUUCCCUGUAUCAUUCUACCCAAGGAAACAGAGACAACUGAAAAAAUCAGUUUCAUUGAAGAUGAUUCCUUUGCAACCUCCAUUCUCAGUCAUGGAAAAAUAGCAGGGAAAAGUCAAGUCAGAGCUACAUGGCACACUUUAGCUGAGAUGCCUGCGGAGAUAAUGAAUGAUGACGACAGCGUAGGAAGUCGUACCCCUGUAGACACUGUCAGUGUGGUGUCCACGCCCUACUCCCAGGAGUCAGAGGAGGUCAUCAUUGAAGCAGAGUUAUACUUUGCAGAUGAGGAGAACUGUUCUGUUGUGGGCGGGGUAGAGACAGGUCGCCGGAGGUCACGGGAGUCUGGUCCAGGGUCGUAUCCACAGGCAGGGCAACAGCUGUCAGCUCCCAGGUGUAGGAUCAGAGGAAAAAAUGAAUUUGUGUCGGUGACACACAUCAUCAAUCCUUGCAAGUUCAUGGUUCAACUCAAGGAGGAUCAGCCGAGUCUGAGGAAGCUCUCCAAACAAAUCAACUCAUGGGCCAAUACCAGCGGGGCCAAUGAAAUACCUAUGGAGGUCAAACCAGGUGACUUGGUGAUUGUGAAGUACACACAAGAUGAGGACUGGUACAGAGGCCGUGUCAAACAAAUCAUCGGGAAAAACAACGUCAAUAACAUGCAGCUGGAGGUCCUAUAUAUCGACUAUGGAAACUCAGAGAUUGUGGGACUGGAAAGAGUGAGGAGAAUGCAAACUCGAUUUCAGAACCAUCCUGAGUUUAUGGUGGAGUGUAGCUUGUUUGACAUCAUUCCUCCUGAUACUGGAGGUUGGUCCAAGGAGGCUAUUCAACAGUUCUGUAAAAUGACGGAGAACAAAACUCUGUACAUGACGGUGAUACGAGAGGUCAACAACGUACUACAUGUCGACCUCAGCAAACCAGCACUGGACAUGACGAAAAACGAGGUCCCUGUCUCCAUACGUGACGCUCUCGUCUUCCUGGAGUUUGCUCAGUUUGUUACCCCAGAUUCUGGGAACAUUACAGGAAAGCCAGCUGUGAUGAGACAGUACAUAAAACCCGAGCCUCACUAUGAGGGGGAGAUAUUUAAUGUGAUCGUGACCAGCGUAACAGACCCCCACAACUUCUACAUACAAGAGUGCAUGUGUCCUGGGAAGUUAGGAGAUGUGUCCACUUACUUUGCUGAAAUGAUGAACAAAAUGCAAAAGGUCUACUCCAAGGAAAACUCUAUGGAUCUGUGGAGCAUAUACUGUCCCAAAAAAGACAUGGUGUGCAGCUGUCAAUAUUCCCUGGACAAGGUGUUUUACCGGGCCCUCAUCACAAACUUGCCUGGUCGUAAGCACGUGGAUGUGUUUUACGUAGACUUUGGUAACAGAGAGAGAGUUCAUUACAGUCGACUAAGAAUACUUCUGGAUGAGUUCCUCAUUCUACCAGCACAGGCAGUAAAGUGCAGACUUGUUGAUGUGGAACCUAAAGAUUCCAAAUCUUGGAGUGAUAGUGCCAAGCAGUGGUGGACAACGAAAGUAUAUCUAAACAAACUCACAGUCAGAAUUGCAGAGGUGACAGAUAACAAGGUGUACUCUGUUGUUCUGAUGAAUGACUUUGAUGAGGAUAAACCCCAGUACAGCCUCAAUAGUGAACUAGUCAGCAAGGGGUAUGCCAAUAGCACAGGAGACAGGUCAUUGCCAAUCCCUGAGGAUCAGUUGUUGGCUUCUGGGUCACAAGAAAGCUUGACAGACUGCUCCACCAGGAGUUCAUCAAUGGCGUUGGGAAGAGAGAGCACCUCUGUGUCCACAGAAUCCCUACCCUCAUCGGCUCUGUCCUUCACCCCAGGGGCAUCUCCAAGGAAACUGUGUUCUCCAGCACCAGAAGAAAAUGUCUCUGACUCAUCCACAGGGGCCAGGAAAAAGUCAAGGCAGGCCUCCAGUCACAAAAAGAAAUCAAAAGUUCAGAAGGGCAGUGAAGAAGAUCUAGAUGUUGAAGUUAAAAUUGGUCAGUUUACAGACCCGUCUUGCUUCUAUGCUUACGUGGUGGACGACAGCUUAGAUAGGAUAAUGGACAAUAUGGAGGAAGAAUAUCGAGACUCUGAGCCACAGUGGAUUAACUGGGAUGAGGGGACGUUCUGUGCGGCGAGGAGACCGGAGGACGGGAAGUGGUACCGGGCCAGGAUAGAGCAAGUCAUGAACAAGAACGUCGUGGAGGUAUUUCUGGUGGAUUUUGGGUUUACGGAGACCAUUCAGACCUCCGAGUUACGGAGUUUGAGGAAGGAUUUUUCCCAGGAUGCAGCAUUCUCCUUCCUUUGUCACCUGGCGGAGGUUGUUCCAGCUGGGGACCAAAGCACCUGGUCCAGAACUGCUUGUGAGUUUAUGUUAGAGGAAACCCAGGGCAAGAAACUCUACAUCAAGAAAAAGGGUGAGAAAAUAAAGAUGUCUGCCCCUGUGGAUCUGAUCUUGGAGACGGAGGUUCCAGAGAGUGCCCUGGAGCCGUCCAGAAAAUCUUACACCAGUCUGAUCGAGAUGAUGAAGGAUAGAGGCCUGGUCAUCCCAACUCCAGGGGCUUUGUCCAGGAAGAAAACCCCAGUGAAGGUACAACCCAAAACCUACCCCAUUAUGUUUUAUGACCCACCCAAUCUGCCUGAGGAUAGCUCCUUUAUCGGAAUCCCAGUCUAUGUCAACUUUGAUGCCGUCAUCUUUGUUCAAGAAGUCAGACAAGAUGAGGAAUUUAAGGAAAUGAGUGAAGUUAUUCAAAAGAGGUUCAUGGACAGUGACCCCCACAAGUUUGAGGAGAUGAACUGGCAGCUCAAUCAAGCUUGUAUUGCUUAUUUUCACCUGGAUGAACACUGGUACAGGGCAAAGAUUCUCUCCCUUGAACCUCACAGGGUCAAGGUAAAGUUUGUGGACUUUGGGAACUGUGAGAACCUGUCCUAUGACAAGAUAAGAGCUGAUGUAAAGGACUUUAUGUACCUACCUCCUCAGUGUUUUGAAUGUGUGCUGUACAACAUACUGCCAAACUCUGAAAGUGGCAAGUGGCCCAAGAAAGCUCUGGAUUACAUGCAUAAAUUAUGUGUGACCAAAGCCUGUGUUAUUGAUGUCAUGGAGGAUAGAGUUGAAGGAGAGCCGUUGAAGGUUAAGAUCAUGUUACCGGAUCAUCAGGACUUUGCCUCUGUCUUAGAGAGGGAGGGGCUGGCUGUGAAAGAAGACAGUCUACUGGAACUGAUGCUCAACAGUCAGGAGAUAGAGAAAGUACUCAAGACAAAUAACCCAUACCAAAGUAUGCCGUCUUUCUCCAUUGGAGAAUAUUUUACUGUUCUGAUCACCCAUGUGGAGGUUCCAAAUGUGGUUUAUUACCAGCAUACUAGAUAUAGUGGCGAUGAAGCUGAUGAAAGGACAGAUGAAAUUAAUGAACAGCUAACGAGACUGGAACAGAUGUGGGUGGAGCUUAAUGAGGCUGGACCUGUAGCUCCGCCCCUAAAGAGACCAAGGCCAGGGAUGAUGUGCUGUGCUCAGUUUGCAGUUGACCAGUGUUGGUAUAGAGGGUUGGUCAUCACGGCUCCAGACCAUCAGAGUCAGGUCCUGGUGUUAUAUGUAGACUUUGGUACUUCUGAGAUUGUUACACUGGACAGGGUUAGGUCCCUACCUCGGGAGUUCCACAGGCUUCCGGCUCAAGCUAAUCGCCUCGUUCUGUCUGGGAUACAGCUGCCCCAAGGUCACUCCACCUGGAGUCGACAAGCCCAGGAAGAAAUGCUGAGGGUGGUGGGAGCUCAAGUGGCACAGUGCUGUCUGAAGACACUAGAUCCGUUAGAGGGUGAACUCUUCUUCACGGAGGACUGGAAUAACGUGAAGCUGGUGUAUCAGGAGCUUAUUGAUAACGGCGUGUUACAUUACUGCGAGGAGACAGAUUUGUAUGAUGAGGCUCUCUCAUUGGAUGAUGUCAUAGAAACUGAGGAGGAUGUUGUUAUUGAGGAGGAGGAGGAAGAAGAAGAAGAUGACGACAGCCAAUCAGAAAAUGAGAAAGUAUCAUCUGAUCCCAUCACUGAGGAGGACUCAACACGAGAGGUCCAAACAGAAGAAUAGUGUAUAGGGUCGUACCAUUGUUAUAUGUUCACAUCAGAUAGAUUUCUGCAUAAUUGAUGUUAAUGACUCAGCAAAGACUUCUUAUUGUUUAACUUGAUUACAUUUUAAUUGCUGGAAAGAUAUUCCUUUUUUUUACUGUGCCUAUUGUACAGUUUUUGUUCUUGAAUCUGUAAUAAAACAUAAGAGCG